AUGGAGAUUAGGUUAAGACAGAGUUCACGCGAAUCCGAACAGUCUCUGAAACAAACUGUUCUAUUUUAGUAUUUACUGGAAGAUUGAAUAGUACUAAAUGCAAACUAAUAAACUGGGAUGACCAUCUAAGAAAAAUGUUUCGGAAAAUGAUGGUUAAGAGAGUCAAAGAAAGGGAGCGAUGGGAUCUAUGGAGGAAAAUGACCAAUCAAUCGUCUGCUAAUCAUGUUUUCACGGCUCUGCGGUCGGUACCCAGGUCCGUAUCAACCAAUGCUUCACGACAAGCAGCCCAUCCAAAAAGGCUCCCGAUGGUUACUGCAGCACUCUGCCCCAGCCCUCUGAGCCGCCUGUUCGCUCUUGCAGUACACAACCAUGCACAAUGUGUGAUCGUACUUACACUGCUCUCAGUGGAAGUCUGUCGUCGCCGUACUGGCCAGAUAAAUAUUCUAUUCCAAGAUACUGUCGUCUUAUGAUUGAUAUCGAGCCUGAAAAACGGAUCCUGUUGGCUUUUCAAGAGUUUACGCUCGACGGUUUGGAUCUAUUUCAUCCGGCGAGGACGGAGACAGACGUCUGCCUGUGUGGCGUGCUGGUGGAGGUCCGGGACGAUGGCAGCCGCUUGAACCGUUACUGCGGGACCAAAAAGCCGUUUGCGUGGCUCUCCGAGACGGACAAAGUAACGGUGGAAUUCAUCACCCCCUAUUCUCUCGUCUUUAAUCGUUUCAUCGCAUCCUAUACCACAGUCAAUAAAAAAACAUCUUGCUAUCAGUUCAUCGACCUCACUGGCUUCGUGGAAGAUGAAAUGACUGGCGUGCCGCUGCCUCAAGAGGGCUUCAUUCACUCGUUGAACUUCCCAAACGCUUAUCCCGACAACCAGAACUGCGAGUAUGUCCUACAUGCGAAUCCGGAGCAUCGCAUCGUGCUUUACUUUGAUGAGUUUGAGUUAGAACCCGGUCCGACAUGCGAUGCUGACUAUGUCAAGAUUGAGGACUGUUAUAGCCGGCGCUCUAACGUCUACUGUGGCAAGCAUCAUCCUUUCUCGUGGGUCUCGGAUAGUAACGAGAUCUGGAUCACCUUCAGAACCAACGGCAACCAGGUCUACUCCGGCUUCCUUCUGGCUUACGAACUCAUGGACAGGGAAUCUGCCAACACCAUCGUGCUGGAAGACGACUCCGGUUCCUUCACGUCACCAGGCUACCCACUCAUCUACCACUCCGACAAGUCGGUGGAGUACAUUGUCCGUACCGACCCUCGCAACCUCCUUGUCAUAACCUUCCAUGACUUCCAGCUUGAGAGGGACGACUACGGCGCCCCGUUACCUCUUCAAAUCGUUAAGAGGAGCACACUCAAUGAGUACCAGAACCACUAUGGCGAUCCCUAUUCUCAAUGCGUCGAUUAUGUCAAGAUUAUUGACAUUUACGAUAACCACGUGGAAACGUACUGUGGGCGGAUCCCAGUGUUUAGCUAUAUCUCGCGCAGCAACGAGCUCCUGAUCCAGUUCAAGACAGACUCGAGCAUGAACUACCGAGGAUUCAAUGCGUCUUACAGGGCCAUCCCAAGGAGAGUUCCAAAUGAUUGGGAACUUCUGUACAGAGUUGCGAGAGGCGGGGAAACCGAAGCGGUCAACAAAUUCCUCUUUGAAGCCCGGGGCUACAACGAGUUCAACCCCAAUGCAAAGGCAACCACAAUCACACGUUCUCGGGCAACCUAUAAACAUUCGGACGUCCCUGAUUGGGCCAACAUUGGGAUCAGGAAGGUUAAGGUUGAUGUCUUCAAUGCCGGUAGCAUCAUCGCAAGUUUCCGCUUCGAUGGCCAGGCCUCCAAUCUCAGCAACUGGUUUGAAUGCGAGAGAAUGAUCUACAGCAGUUACAAUGACCUCAACUCCUUGUCUUGCAGUCAACUGUUCUUCGGUCUCCCUUUAGGUGCAGGAGAUGUGCAGGAGUUUGAAAUCAGAACAUUUAAUGCUUCAGUGGGCUGUGAUAGCGACCCCAGUCAUCGAGUAUGGCUCGAUCUGCAAGACGUUGAGUCACCGCGGAACUGUACCUACGAGGCGCCGGAUAAUCGACUCAUCAACUCUAUCAUCUUCGUCAGCAGCGCAGGAACGGGAGGAGAAACAGCGUUAGGAGCGAACAUUGCAGAAGCAGAUGUAUUUACAAUCUGGGUCCAACGAGACUGUGAUGAAAGAAUCUCACCAGUAAGAGAUGACGCCGUCUCCAUUUCGUCCAACGGGAACGGCAUCCGGGACUAUCGCAAUAACGAGUAUUGCGACUUUUAUCUAAGCGUGCACCCUUUUGAUCGCAUCUUGCUUGAAUUCAGCGAUUUUGAGCUUGAGGAGGACGAAUGUCUCGCAAAUGAUUACGUUCAGAUCGAGAACACGGAAACGGCCUUUGCGCAGACCUUCUGUGGCGUCCAGCACCAGGUGAUGUGGACCACCACUGCGAAUGCCGCCCUCUUGAGGUUCCGAACGGACAGUGUGGUGACGUACAACGGAUGGGGAGCUUCCGUGACAGCAGAACGGAGAAAUUUAGAAGAUUGUUCGACCGUCACCGUUAACCCACCUGGCAACGUGACCAAUCCCGAUCACCCUAACUCGCUCCAGGAGUAUCGCUACUACGCCUGUGAAUACAUCGUUCACGCCCACCCGCAAGACAGGGUCAUCUUCUCGUUCUCGUCUUUCAUCUUCCAGACCGAGAAUCCGCCGGAGAUGCAGAUUAAUCCAAGGUCAAGCCAGCAGAACUUCAUCGAGGUGUCCGGUUCUCUCUACCCAUUCUCAUGGACCUCGGACACCAACGAGCUGGCUCUGAGCUACCACGCCCCUCUUCCUUACCGGACCUACAUCCUCUUCGAGGGCGACUACCGGACCCUCGAAGCUCCUCGACCGGCCACCUGUCAACAGUUCUUUGACGCUGAUAUUGGAGGCUCUUUCUCGUGGCCUACGGAAUCUCUAUCCACGGGUCUGCAGAAUUGUUACGUGAUCGUGAGGACGGACCCCGACGAGAGUCGCCGCGUUCAGAUUACCUUCAAGAAUCUGAAGAUGCCCCAGUCAGACUGCAAUAGCUACAUCAACACCCUAGAUACCACCUCAAGGCGUAAUGACAUGUACUGCCAGAGGAUCCGUAUCCCAUUCGCUUGGACAUCUGACGCAAAUGAAGUAGUGAUCCAGUUCUUCCAUGGGCCGACCUUUGCCCUCCAUCAGGUCGAGGUCGAAUACAGAAGCAGAGCCAGGGUCAGGCCUGAUGAUGCCCAGGUAUUCACUGAUCUUGCAGGUGGCGCUUUCAGCAGUCCCAACUACCCCCAUCCGUACGACUCGGAUACCCAGAUGGAGUACCUCUUACACGCCCCUGCAGAACAUCUUGUCAUCGUGGUCUUCAAAGACUUCUCAAUCGAAGGUGCAAUAGAACCAAGUCAUCUUAGAGAGCGUGUGAAAAGAAAUGGUGAAAGCACGGAGGACCUUGCUGCCCACUUCAAGCACAUGUACAAGAGACAGACAAUAGUGGAGCCACCAACGCCGGAAUGCCGUUACGACUUUGUCAGGGUUGAAGAUGUCUUGGAGAACCGGGAGACCACCUACUGCGGGGACCAGCAGCCGUUUGGUGUGGCUACCCAAGGCAACGAGGCCCUGGUCCUGUUCCAGACCGAUAGGACCGUAGAGAAACGAGGAUUCGACGCCCUCUAUGCGUUCGAGCCCAGGCCCGCUAUUUCAGAUUGCGGUGACCUGUUCACCGAAGACUUUGGCACCCUACAGUCCCCCGGCUAUCCCAGCUACUACCCCAAUGUGGCGUACUGCCGAACGGUGAUCCAAGUGAAUCCAAAGGACCGCAUCAUCAUCAAUUUCCGGUUCUUGAACCUCGAAGAUGAUCUCACUUGCAGCAAGGACUACCUUGAGCUGCGCGAUGUGGUCACCGGUAGGUCGGAGAAAUACUGUGGACGCAGGACUACAGCCUUCACUUGGAGGUCGGACACUAACCUGGUCUUCUUGACGUUUGUCAGCGACAAUUCAAACAGCGCUCCCGGAUACGAUGCAACUUACACCACGGAGGACCGGUCAGACGAACCAACCUGCAUACACAACAUCACUGCCACCGCCGGCACCAUCCACUCACCCAGGUUCCCGCGUGAUUAUGCCAACCAGCUCAAGUGCGAGUUCAACAUCACGGUGGACGAAGGCUACGGCAUACAGCUCUCCUUCAAGGAAUUCGAACUGGAGCCCCCCGCCCCGGGGAGCACGCAGUGCAUGUAUGACUACCUUCAGAUUAUUGACCCGACGACGGUCAACGCCCAGACGGCUGAGAAAUUGUGCGGCUUGAAGAAUCCCUUUGAAAGAAAGAUCCUGUUCCAUCAACUCAGUCUGAUCUUCGUCAGCGAUUUCAUCACAUUCUACAAAGGAUUCCUGGUGGAUUUCCAGCAAAUCUCACUCGGUCAAAACAUAGAAAGUUGCAACGAGGAGCUGACUGGUCCGGCAGGAUACUUUUCCAGCCCCGGUUACCCUGGCAACUACCCCGACAACGCCUUCUGCAUCAUCCUCAUCACGGUUGCCGAGGGUUACCAUGUCGUUAUCACGUUCAAUGAUUUCAACACAGAGGGCUACACAGGAUGCCCGUACGAUUACGUUCUGGUUGAAGAUGUAAAUUCGGGUCUCAGCAGAAGAUUCUGUGGGCGCAAGCAGAACCCAUUCUCUUGGACCUCGGAAAGCAACGUCGUCUCUGUGACCUUCAAGAGCGAUGAUAGGACGCCCUCGUCUGGUUUCUACGCAGGAUACGAAUCAAAGCCGAACUUCGUCCCUAUUGUUGUCCCCGUGACAGGUUGUGAGUCCUACUAUGGCAUCACCGAAAUCAACGGCGAUUCGGCAAUCGUCCAGUCACCCGACUAUCCCGGCUUCUAUCCCCUGGACGUUGAUUGCUUUGUCCGCUUCGCAACAAAACAGGGUUCCCGGUGCGAAGUCAGUUUUAUCGUUUUCAACCUGGAAGACUCGAGCACGUGCCAGUAUGACUUUGUCAAGGUGACAAGCAUCCCGGACGGAGCAACCAAGAAGUUCUGCGGGUCGCGUGCGCCCUUCAAUUGGCUCUCCAACUCUGCCACAUGCGAAAUACAUUUCCACAGCGACUCUUACGUCAGAGCAUCGGGAUACCAUGCCGAAGUCGCGGCCGUUCCUUUCUAUAUUGAAAAUCCGCAAGUACCCUACAACCCCUACCAGCCUUAUAACCAACCAAAUGCACCCCCAGUCCCUUAUCAGCCAUCAAAUCAACCUGCGCCAUAUCAACCAUAUCAACCACCAAAUGAACCGCCUGCGCCUUAUCAACCAUCGAAUGCACCUCCUGCGCCAUAUCAACCACCAAAUGAACCGCCUGCACCGUAUCAACCACCGAAUGCACCUCCUGCGCCAUAUCAACCACCGAAUGCACCUCCUGCGCCUUAUCAACCACCAAAUGAACCGCCUGCACCUUAUCAACCACCAAAUGAGCCACCUGCGCCGUACCAGCCACCAAAUGAACCUCCUGCACCAUAUCAACCACCAAAUGAGCCUCCUGCACCGUAUCAACCACCGAAUGCACCUCCUGCGCCAUAUCAACCACCGAAUGCACCUCCUGCACCUUAUCAACCACCAAAUGAGCCACCUGCGCUGUACCAGCCACCAAAUGAGCCUCCUGCACCAUAUCAACCAGCAAAUGAGCCUCCUGCACCAUAUCAACCACCAAAUGAGCCUCCUGCACCAUAUCAACCACCAAAUGAGCCUCCUGCACCGUAUCAACCACCGAAUGCACCUCCUGCGCCAUAUCAACCACCGAAUGCACCUCCUGCACCAUAUCAACCACCAAAUGAGCCUCCUGCACCGUAUCAACCACCGAAUGCACCUCCUGCGCCAUAUCAACCACCGAAUGCACCUCCUGCACCUUAUCAACCACCAAAUGAGCCACCUGCGCUGUACCAGCCACCAAAUGAGCCUCCUGCACCAUAUCAACCAGCAAAUGAGCCUCCUGCACCAUAUCAACCACCAAAUGAGCCUCCUGCACCAUAUCAACCACCAAAUGAGCCUCCUGCACCAUAUCAACCACCAAAUGAGCCUCCUGCACCAUACCAGCCACCAAAUGAGCCUCCUGCACCAUAUCAACCACCAAAUGAGCCUCCUGCACCAUAUCAACCACCAAAUGCACCUCCUGCACCUUAUCAACCACCGAAUGAGCCUCCUGCCCCAUAUCAACCACCAAAUGAACCUCCUGCCCCAUAUCAACCACCAAAUGAACCUCCUGCACCAUAUCAACCACCUAAUGAGCCCCCUGCGCCAUACCAGCCACCAAAUGAGCCUCCUGCGCCAUAUCAACCACCGAAUGCACCUCCUGCACCCUAUCAACCACCGAAUGAGCCUCCCGCGCCAUACCAGCCACCGAAUGAACCGCCUGCACCAGCCACGAAAUGCGUCCAAAGCCUCCAAGCUCAGAGAGGGGUGCAAGGCUCUUUUGCCUCCCCCGGCUGGCCAGGCAGGUACCCCCUCAUGGUGCAGUGCUCCACAACCAUCACAGCCAGUGGCAGCGGCAGGAUAAGGAUCAUUUUCAGUCCCUUCCAGCUCGAGGACGAGAAUUGCCAAUUUGACUACGUGCAGAUAUCGGAGCCCUUACUGCCCGGCCCACCUGAGAAACACUGCGGUACAAAAUCGCAACUUGUCUUCGAGAGCAAGUCUGGACGUGUCGUCGUAACCUUCAACAGCGAUGCGUACGUGACCAAACAGGGUUUCCUCGCAACAUUCACGCAAUUCUAGACCCCCUUGUCGUCGUGUCGGUGCAAGAAUGCCUUUACUACCCUUGCAUAGGAACAAGAAUUAACUCGACUCGCACAAAUGUGCUCAUUGCUCGGGGCAUUUUUUGUGCAAUGCACUAAAGACGUUUUUGCACUGAUGCGAUGCAAUCAUAUCCAUACUUUGUAUAUAUAGCAGCUGAUUUGCCAAGCUAUACGUGAAUAGUGUGACUUUCCGUGAGAAAUUAUCAUGUUUUCUUUUAUAGAUAACGUUUGUUAUGAAAUAACAAUUUCCUUGCAACACGAUCCAGCAUGGCUGUCUUUGAUAGUUAAGUGUUUGUUAUAUUAACGAUUGAUUAGUAGACUUAAUUUAGUUUUUUACUUCCUUAGACGAUGCGAUUUUUUAUUACACUGCAUGCAGGCCUGACUACAUGUAGAUUUGUAGAAUAUUGUUUAUCUAAGGGGAAAAGAAUAUGAUUCUGUUAUUAGAUAUGUUAUUGUUUUUAUAUGUGUAUAGAGUACCACAGAGUAUACUUGUGUCUUUUGUUGGCAUCAAUAAUGAACAGGAUCAAAGGCCUUGCGUGAGGGUCGUCUUGAAGGCAGUACAGCUACAAAAUCGAGCUUGGUGAUUUGAAUUCAUAAACUUGAUGCUUGGGGAAAUUUUAUGAUUCAUAUCUAGUGCAAAUGUAUUUUUUUUUACAUUAGACAUCCUGUUUAAAAGUUGAGGAUGGAUUAUUGUGGGUGAUUUACAGAUUAUGUUUCAUAUAUUCACACAAUUCUGCCGUAAUUUGAGAAGUAUUCUUUAUCUUUUAUUCUAGCUUUUUAAGUGAAGGUGUGAAAUUUCCUUCCCUCAAAAGCAGCAUCAUGCCAAAAUUUGAACGUAUGUUUUAUAUUUGUGAUACGUUUUCAUGAUUAUUUUCUUUCUAUCUGUUUUUAACUUAUGCCACAAAGUGAAAUUUAAUUUCAUUUUGUUGCAAUUCUCUUUUUUCUCAAUACCAUUCAUUCCUGCAUGUAUGUGUGGAUCUUUUUUUAUUUUUUUUAUUUGGAUUUUGAACCAAUUGGCAAUGAAAUUCAAUCUUGGAUUGACAUAAUGACCUUAUUCAUUGUUGAGUAACAACAUAUGUCAUUGGGGUCAAUGGUCAAUAAAUAGCAUGUAAUGCAG